GGCAGUACACUGGGGAGAUGGCGGCGGCAGCGGCUGUGCGGAGUAUCGGGAGCGGUCUGGGCCGGAGCCUCAAGGAGCUUCGGAUCCACCUGUGUCAGCGCUCGCCGGGCAGCCAGGGCACCAGAGACUUCAUUGAACAGCACUACGUGACUCUGAAGAAGGCAAACCCGGAUUUCCCCAUCCUGAUUCGGGAGUGCUCUGAUGUGCAGCCUAAGCUCUGGGCUCGAUACGAGUUCGGCAGAGAGAGUUGCGUGCCACUGAAUAAUCUCAAUGUGGAUCAAGUGGCCAAGGCCCUGGAGAACGUUGUUCACAGCAAAACAUGAAGACAAAGAGAACUGAACCUGCAUGUGCUGGAGGCCUUGCCUGAAUGGGUUUAAUGGAGAAGCUGUAAUUGUAACUUAUUAAUCGCAUAUAAAAGCAUGUCUGACAAAGUG